CAUAUCUUUGUUCGUGUCUUCAUCAGAUUUGUGUUGAGAUGAACUUGCGCUCUGACUCCUCUGGCUUUGCGCGACCCUAUAGCCCACCUGCGUCUGGAGAGUAUUUUUAAAAGCAGGGCACGAGCGCGAGCGCGUCGCGUAAAGCGCACCACUUCAAAAGCUUCUAAAGCUCUUCACUUAAAUCGGACAAUGCGCGUGGACACGUCGGGUCUUUGAGAACCGUGCAUACCGCACUCGUCUUUUUGUCGGAGUUACCAGAUCUUAGACUCUCACUUGGGCGGAUAGAGAGACGGAUCUCCACCGGGAUCUCCUCGCACCGCGACUGUACCUGGAGAAUCCGAUCCACUCAAAUAGAACACAGAGGAGAGUCCUGUGGAGUCUGUCCUUCUUUCACCCAGCGAGAGACUGCUGAGUUUAGACUCAGUUUAAACUCAUAUUAGCACAUCUUCCAUAACUCUGACCAGCAGCAUGUGGGACAUCAAAAGGUUAUGAGUGCACUUACAGCUUGGUGAUCCACAUAGACAAGCCAAUGAGAGGAUGGCCAGAGGUCACAUGAUCUACAGAAGCGCCUACCAGCCGGUACUACUGAUUCUACUGAGCGUGCUCCAGCUGGCGCAUACACAAAGUCCUCCUCAGUUCACUCGGACACCCGUUGAUCAGAUAGGGGUACAGGGGGGCGUGGCCUCCUUCGUAUGUCAAGCCACAGGAGAUCCACAGCCUAAAAUCACAUGGAGCAGAAAAGGCAAAAAAGUCACCAACCAGAGAUUUGAGGUGAUCGACUUUGAGGAUGGUUCAGGGUCUGUGUUGCGAGUGCAGCCACUGCGGACCCCCCGUGAUGAGGCUGUGUAUGAAUGUGUGGCAUCUAACGAAGCAGGAGAGAUCAGCGCCUCCACCCGUCUGAGUGUUCUCCGCGAGGACCAGCUUCCCACUGGUUUCCCUUCUAUAGAUAUGGGCCCUCAGCUGAAGGUUGUGGAGCGUUCUCGCACCGCUACCAUGCUGUGUGCAGCCAGUGGAACACCUGACCCUGAGAUCACCUGGUUUAAAGAUUUCCUCCCCAUAGAUACACACACUCAUGGGCGGAUCAAACAGCUACGCUCAGAGUCCUUUGGGGGUACACCUAUCCGAGGUGCACUUCAGAUUGAUCAGAGUGAAGAAACCGAUCAGGGUAAAUACGAGUGUGUCGCGACCAACAGCGAAGGAACGCGCUACUCAACACCAGCUAACCUUUAUGUCAGAGUGCGUCGCAUCCCUCCUCGCUUCUCAGUGCCACCGAUGGAUUAUGAGAUCAUGCCGGGAGGAAGUGUGAAUAUCUCCUGUCAGGCAGUGGGCGUUCCUAUGCCAUAUGUCAAAUGGAUGCUGGGAGCAGAGGAUUUGACUCCAGAAGAUGACAUGCCUAUUGGGCGGAAUGUUUUAGAGCUCACAGAUGUACGCCAGUCUGCCAACUACACGUGUGUGGCCAUGUCCACUCUCGGAGUUAUUGAAACUGUUGCCCAGAUCACAGUUAAAGCCCUUCCCAAUCCUCCAGGAGCUCCGGUUGUCAUGGAGCGAUCUGCCACCAGCAUUACUCUAAUGUGGGACAGUGGAAAUCCACUUCCUGUAUCUUACUACAUCAUUCAGUAUCGUCCCGCCUCCUCCACCGACCCCUUUAAAGAAAUUGAUGCCAUAGCAACAACUCGAUACAGCGUGGGUGGACUCAGCCCCUACUCGCAAUACCAUUUCCGGGUUGUGGCGGUGAAUUCGAUUGGCCGUGGCCCACCGAGUCAAACCGUGGAAGCUCGCACAGCAGAACAGGCGCCUAGUUCCCCUCCUCGUCGUGUCAGAGGUCGUAUGCUGAGUGGUUCCACAGCAAUGGUGCAGUGGGAGGAGCCAGAGGAAGCCAACGGUCAGGUGGUUGGUUACAGGGUGUAUUACACCUCGGAUUCGUCACUAUCUGUGAGCCAAUGGGAGAAGGAAAUGGUUCGAGGGACGAAUUUUCUGAACAUACGAGACCUGACACCGAACAAAACCUAUUAUAUAAGAGUUCUCGCUUUCACUGCAGUGGGAGAUGGACCUCUUUCCAGUGAUCUGCACAUCAUUGCCAAGACAGGAGUCCCAUCCCAGCCCACAGAACUGAAGGCAGAGGUGAAAUCAGAGACCAGCAUUCUUCUGUCGUGGAUCCCUCCUGCUCACAGUGGUACUGACGCUAUCACUGGUUAUGAGCUCAUUUACAGGCUUGGAGACCAGCCAGAGCAGAAAAUAUCAUUUGAUCCGAGCUCCAGUUAUCUGCUGAAGAAUCUGAAGCCGUUUUCCACCUACAUAUUUCAACUGGCAGCACGCAGCAAACACGGCCUGGGGGCAUUCACCAGUGAAAUCACCGUUCAGACUCCACAAACACUGUUUGCUGUGAACUUCAGAGUGAAAGCUGCUAUGAAGAGUUCAGUGCUGCUGACCUGGGAGUCACGAACCACUACUAAUAAAGCACAGUCUCUUAUUAUCUCAUAUGGUGAUGGUGAGAGUGUGGAGGUGGAUGGGCGGCUCGGGCAGAAGUUGGUGACUAAGCUGAAGCCCCAGUCUCUCUACACCUUCAUGUUAACUAGUAAAGCUGAUGCCACUGGAGGCCUGCAGCACCGUGCAGAUGCAAUGACAGCUCCAAACCUGCUGACUAGGAAACCCCAGGUUCUGGACAAGACCAGCUCUCAGAGCAUCGCUACCCUGCAGCUGCCCACUGUCCAGGGACAGGCUAAUGUCAGGGGUUUCUACAUUGUGGUUGUCCCCCUAAAGAGGCAGAGAGGAGGAAACUUCCAGAACUUAUGGAGUGAUCCAGAUGAGAUGAACAUUGAUGAGCUGCUGAGGGAGAUUAAUGGCACCGGUCGCUCUGUGCGUCUACGGAGGCAGGCCGAGGCAAAAGCAUACAUCAGCGCUCAUUUCCAGAAUCUUCCAGCUGAAUUCAAACUAGGAGACGGAUGCGUGUAUGGAGCAUUCCUAAACCGGCCGCUUGUAAACGGACAGGAGUGUGUGUGCUUCGUGCUGGCUAUUCUUGAACUGGGCCAGAAUACCGUGUACUCCACGAGUCCAUUCUCUGAUGCCGUGCUAUUCUCCGAUGUUGAGCCACAGCCAAUCAUUGAUGAGGAGGAGGGGCUUCUUUGGGUGGUGGGGCCAGUCCUGGCGGUCAUUUUCAUUAUCAGCAUCGUCAUCCUCAUCCUCCUCUUUAAAAGCAAACCAGACAGGAAGCGGGCAGAGCUGGAGGGCAGGAAGUGCAGCUUUCCCAGCAGCAGUAAAGCCAUGAGUUCCCAGCAUCCAUCUGACCCAGUGGAGCUGCGUAGAAUCAACUUCCCAACGGCGGGCAUGACCAGCCACCCUCCAGUGUCCGUCUCAGAACUGCCAGCUCACAUAGAGAGGAUGAAAGCCAAUGACAACCUGAGGUUCUCUCAAGAGUAUGAGUCUAUUGAUCCAGGGCAGCAGUUCUCAUGGGAACAUUCUAACCUUGAGAUUAACAAGCCAAAGAACAGAUAUGCCAACGUUAUCGCCUACGACCACACCAGAGUAGCACUUUCCAACAAUGAUGGUGUUCCUGGCGGUGACUACAUCAAUGCCAACUUCAUAGACGGUUACCGCCGACAGGGCUCAUACAUCGCCACCCAGGGCCCCAUGCCAGACACGUUUAGUGACUUCUGGAGGAUGGUGUGGGAACAACACACAGCAAAUAUCAUCAUGAUUACCAAACUUGAGGAGAAAUCCAGGAAUAAAUGCGAUCAGUACUGGCCCAGCAGAGGCACAGAGACGUACGGAUUGAUGCAAGUCAAUUUACUGGACACGGUGGAGCUCGCGACCUACUGCGUCAGGACUUUUGCUCUUUUUAAGAGCGGGAGUGGCGAGAAAAGGGAGGUUCGUCAGUUCCAGUUCACAGCCUGGCCAGAUCAGGGGGUACCUGAACACCCCACUCCCUUCCUGGCCUUCCUCAGACGGGUCAAAGCCUGCAAUCCCCCAGACGCUGGGCCUAUUGUGGUCCACUGCAGUGCUGGUGUGGGCCGAACGGGCUGCUUCAUUGUGAUCGAUGCCAUGUUGGAGCGUGUGAAGCAGGAGAAGACGAUAGAUAUUUAUGGUCACGUGACUCUGAUGCGAUCUCAGCGAAACUACAUGGUGCAGACAGAGGAGCAGUACGUCUUUAUUUAUGAAGCGCUGCUGGAGGCUGUUUCCUGCGGCAACACAGAGGUCCCAGCACGCAAUCUUUAUGCCUACAUCCAGAGACUGUCACAGACAGAACCGCCGGAGCACAUCAGCGGAAUGGAGCAGGAGUUUAAACGCUUAGCUAAUGCCAAAGCGCAUAACUCCCGAUUCGUCAGUGCAAGCCUUCCGUGCAAUAAGUUCAAAAACCGAUUGGUCAAUAUCAUGCCAUAUGAGACCACACGUGUGUGUCUGCAGCCAAUCAGAGGAGUGGAGGGCUCAGACUAUGUCAAUGGCAGUUUUAUAGAUGGCUACAGGCAACAGAGGGCGUAUAUUGCGACUCAGGGGCCGCUGGCGGAGACCGUUGAAGAUUACUGGAGAAUGCUUUGGGAACAUAAUUCUACUAUAGUAGUUAUGCUUACUAAACUCAGAGAAAUGGGAAGGGAGAAAUGUCAUCAGUACUGGCCGUCUGACAGGUCAGCGCGCUAUCAGUACUUUGUGGUGGACCCCAUGGCGGAGUACAACAUGCCUCAGUAUAUUCUCCGAGAGUUUAAAGUCACAGAUGCAAGGGACGGUCAGUCCAGAACAGUCCGGCAGUUUCAGUUCACAGACUGGCCAGAGCAGGGCGUACCCAAAUCUGGUGAAGGCUUCAUUGAUUUUAUUGGUCAAGUGCACAAAACAAAGGAGCAGUUUGGUCAGGAUGGACCGAUCACGGUACAUUGCAGUGCUGGUGUUGGGAGGACAGGUGUAUUUAUCACUUUGAGUAUAGUGCUGGAGAGGAUGCGAUACGAAGGAGUGGUUGACAUCUUCCAGACUGUCAAAAUGUUGCGCACUCAAAGACCAGCCAUGGUGCAGACAGAGGAGCAGUACCAGUUCUGCUAUCGAGCAGCGCUGGAAUACCUGGGCAGUUUUGAUCACUAUGCAACAUAAAACCUUCCCCUGGACCAAGGGCCACAUCAUUACACACGAGACCUGCGUCUGAUCAAUCUGACAGCUUCUUUCUGUUGCCCACAGCUCAAGAGUCUGUUUGAUUUCUCCCGACAGCACACAGUUUAAUAGCCAGACAGGGAGGGCAGCUGGGAUACAGAUUUGUCACAACAAAUUGUUGCUCCAAUCAUAUAGCUGAAAGUUGUCAGGUCAUAAAACUCUGGCAACCGGCCAGCAGAUCCAAUGAAAUCACAGGAACCCAACAAUGUGCUGUCUGGACUGAUUCAACAGACCAAAACCGAGGGAGAAAACAAUCAAGCAGUUUGAUGGUAUCAUCAUUUGUUUCAAUACCAGAACCCCCCUAAAAUACAGUUUAUUGAGGAAUGCAUUGAGGGUUUAGAGUUUCCUCUGCUUUUGUCACCAGUCGUAUAGUGGAUCCACCAACUCACUAAAGUCAUACAUACGAAAUUAAAUUCAACGACACCCCAAGUAUUGGUGCUUAUGCCAGUAUCCUGUUUGUUUAUCUGUUGCACACACACAUAAAUAUAUACACAUAGAUACAUAUCUAUCACAGAUUUAAGACAAGGAAAAAUCACAAGCUGAAAAUGGAGAUUUGUCUAAAAAACUGUGCAAUAUUGAACGUGAACCGCACCUUCAAGCUUAAAACCACUCAAGUAUUAAACAUAUUCUCACUGUAAUUAUAUUGUCUCUUUAAUCCUAUAUAGUAUAAAAUAUAAAACAAAUUGUCAUUAUGCAUAUUAGCACAAUAUAUAUAUAUAUAUAUAUAUAUAUAUAUAUAUAUAUAUAUAUAUAUAUAAAUAAGUUGUCAAUGUAUUGAGUGAUAUUUAUACUAUGUGAGUGAGGUACUUGUCAGUGCACAUAAGGUAUGAAAAGUACCGUUUGCAGUAAUAUAUUUUUUUUCCACUAAACUUACCAAAACAACUAUUCACAUGCAGGAUUGGAAGAACAAAUGUUGCACUCUAAACAUGAGGUGACACGUUUAAAACAAUGACAUAAUGGAUCAUCUGACACUGGUAGUGCCUUAUCAUAGUCACAUGUUUAAAAUGGUUCGCUAUUAAAGUUAAAUGUUCCACAUGUAUGGAUAUUAACCUGCUUUUAUGUAAAAAAUAAAUAAAUAUAUAUAUAAUGCUUAAUAAAACCUGAAGUAAAUACAGUUACAUCUUACAGAGUGAAUUUGAAUAUAUAUUUCACACCAAGACCAAUUUUAAGUACCGGGGUGGUUUAUUCAUUCAAGUGAAGUACUGCCAAGAUGACUAGACAAUUCUAUUACUGAAAGCCAAUAUGUGUCCAUUUUUGAGAGGACACACAUUUAUUGAAUCUAUAUUGGGCCAAGAGAACUGCAUAUUCCAUUUCAUGUAUAAUAGCGAUUAUAUUAUAAAUGAUUUGUAAUUGAAAUUAUAACUGAGUAUAGAACAGGAAAUAGUUUUCUCACUUUCAGUCCAUACCGCUGCAGGAAACGUGCAUUUCUAACUGUUAAUGUCUGCAAUCUGGUUUAUCAGCCUUGAAAUAGUAUUAAUGAUGUUAGUGUGUUAACAUCAAGAUAAAGAACAUUUUUCAUGCUGGUGAGGAUGCAUUCGAAAGGGGGAUUUUAAAAGCCAGAGCCAGUUGAACUAAAUUACAUUUUAAAAGACGUUUCACUAGAAGUCUGAUGUCCAGAUUUUGAUUCAUAAAACAUUGCAUGAUAAAUUAGAUCUGCAACUUUGGGAACAAACUUGCACAUAGAAACGGCCCAAUUGUGUCUAGAUCAAUAUCAUGGACCGUAACAGUCGUAUGGUUAUGGUUUGGGAUAUAACUGCACUCUUGUUCUAUGCACUAACCCUUACUAUUUCUUCAACACAGAAUGUUAUUUGUAUUGAAUGAGAUGAAUUUCACAGUGUGUGCAUGUUAAGAGAAAAAUGAGUUUUGGUUCCAAAGCUUAAGACAAUAUGUGCAUAUUGUUAUUGUUGAAAACUUUAGAUGAUAGAGUGGUUUAAUAUGAGUGGUUGUCCUUCUAGUCCAGUGGUAAUAGUCAUCAUUCAGUAAUUCCAAGAAAGUCUGGUCACUGCGAACUUCAGCUCAUUGUACGUUCGGUGUAAAGAAAUGUUUACCUUUCUUUGCAGCAUCUUUGUCUUUGUGUACUUUUUUUUUUUUUUUUAACCGGAGUUGAGUCAGUUUUGUAUUUGAAAUCUAACAUGCAAUUCUUCCAUUAUCUACCUUCUCCAUAUUGUUACACUUUACAACAUAUAUAUUUUACAACCAAGUUUCAGGGUUUUUCAAAUUUCAACUUUAGUUGAAACUAGCUAUGCUUAUAUUUUCAAGAGGAUAUCAGUUAGCGUUUCAGUCUAUGCUGAUCUGUCAGUGUUUUGAGGAAAAAGAAGAAAAAAAAAUCAUCUAUUUUCCAGUGCAUGACAGUCCCCAUUUGUACAGAUGUGAAGGCACCAUUAGAUUUUGAUGAAUCAUGACAUUGUUUCAUGUGAAAAAUAAACUAGCACAAUCUAUAUCAUGUAAUCUGACCAAAUAUGCAUUGUAUCACCAUUUUCAUAUUGUCGAACGUUGUGAGUGGUUUUACAAUUUCACCCAUCAAUUAAUGUGAAACACAAAAGGGAAAUCUUUUACCUCUGAUUUUGUAGUAAAUGUAAAUAUUUCAGAGGAUGUUCUUUUUUUUUUUAAUUUUCCUACUUUAUGUUUUAAGGACAGGUGUGUGAGAAUACAAUUGUAUUGGAAAAGUUUUAUUUGUUACAAAUAAAAUGGUAAGAAUA